CACCGAUCAAUGGAAAGAGCCGAAGAUGUUGGCUCGGUCAUGUGAUCAGCUGUGUCCAAUCACAGCUGAUGGCAUCUGUCACGCUGACAGAGGAGAGGAGAGCCGGUAAUCGGCAUCCCUCAGAGGGGACAUGUACACUGAUCAUCAGGGCACUGAUGAUCAGUGUGCCCUGAUGAUCAGUGUAGCUCCAGCAGUGCCACCUGCCAGUGCACAUCAGUGCCACAUCAAUGCCACAUAUCAGUGCCCAUCUGAGCUGCCGUUCAGUGUCACCUAUCAGUGCCAGUCAGUGCCGCCUAUCAGUGCGCAUCAGUGUCGCCUAUCAGUGCCCGUCAGUGCUGCCUAUCAGUGCUGCCUAACAGUGCCACCU